ACUCCGCGGGACGUGCGACAUUUCCGGCGAGCGCUCGCACUUUAGCCCAGAAUUCAGCUUUAAACACCACAGGUUUAGAGACUUGGCGGAAAGGAAAUUCUUGAGGUCUGAACCAUUUUGAAGCCGAUUAGGCAUACUCACAGCAACUUUUUGUUAAAUGUUUGACCAUUGUUUCUUAUUUUUUAUUGUUAAAUUGUAUACAAUAUAACCUUCUGUGAAUUUGUAUUUCAAUGUUAUGAGGUUCUAUUUUUAUGACACUCUACGACACUUCAAUCAGGUGUUCAAUCAUCUUCGCUGCUGAUCAAUAAAAAUAAAAAAAAGCAAAAGAGGCCUUUAACCAAACGCACAAUCGCAGCCUUCCGAUGGUGUUCGCCGACCUCUUGGAGCAGGUUGGCAGCACGGGACGCUUCCAGGUUGUGCACACCACCCUGCUGUGUCUCCCCAUCCUCAUGAUGGCGAGCCAAAACAUAUUACAAAACUUCGUGGCCGCGGUACCCCCCCAUUUCUGCAGCGCCCACACGAACCUCUCCGCUUCCACGCGGAUGGGCGCGGCAGAGAAGCUGCGCAUAACAGUGCCAAUUGAUGCAAACGGAUCUCCGGAGAAAUGCCGGCGUUACGAGUCGCCACAGUGGCAUCUGCUGGCCAACAACGGAAGCACAGAUCCCGAGGUGUGGGAAGACUCGGAACAGGCGGCCCUUCGGGGCUGCGACGACGGGUGGACUUACGAUGAGAGGGAGAGAAGCUCCAGCAUUAUUUCAGAGUGGCAUCUGGUGUGCAGCCUGCGCUCCCUUAAGUCAAUGGGACAGACUGUGUACAUGGGGGGCGUGCUCGUGGGAGCGGGGGUCUUUGGAGCAUUGGCCGACCGCUUUGGGCGGCGGGUCCUACUGACCAUGAGCUACCUGCUGAUGGCCGUGAGCGGGACGUGUGCCGCCUUCUCCCCCUCCUUCUCCCUCUUCUGCCUCUUCCGCUUCAUGUGUGGCAUGGCUCUGUCGGGAGUCGUGCUCAACAGCUUCUCACUCAUCGUGGAAUGGAUUCCGACUCGCGUGCGGACAGUGAUUGGCACGGGGACAGGCUAUUGCUACACCAUGGGCCAGCUGAUCCUGGCGUUGGUGGCCUACUUCAUCAGGGACUGGCGCUGGCUGACCUUUGCUGUGUCCUUGCCGUUCUAUGUGGCCUUCCUGUACUCCUGGUGGCUCCUUGAAUCUUCACGAUGGCUGGUGCUGAAAAAUAAGCCGGAGCAGGCCGUCAAAAACCUCAGACUAGUGGCGCGCUACAAUGGUCGCCAAGCCGAUGGAGAGAAGAUUGACGUGGAGAUGGUGAAGUCGUCCAUGAAGAAGGAGAUGUCCGGGUGCAAGAGCUCCUACACCACCCUGGACCUGUUCCGCACCCCCACCAUGAGGAAGAUGACAGUGUGCCUAUGCGCCGUCUGGUUCUCCACUAGCUUUGCCUACUACGGCCUCUCCAUGGACCUCCAGAAGUUUGGCGUGGACAUCUACCUGAUUCAGGUGAUAUUCGGUGCUGCGGACAUCCCCGCCAAGGUGAUCAUCAACAUCACAAUGAGCUACUGCGGUCGCCGGCUCUCGCAGUGUGGGGGCCUGGUCCUGGCCGGCAUCACCAUUCUGUCCAACCUGUUGGUGCCUUACGAUAAACAGAUGCUGCGAACGUGCCUAGCUGUGCUGGGCAAGGGCUGUCUGGCCGCGUCCUUCAACUGCUGCUACCUGUACUCUGGAGAGCUCUACCCAACUAUCCUACGACAGUCAGGUCUGGGCUGGGUCAGCAUGAUGGCGCGGCUGGGGGCCAUGGUGGCUCCGUUGGUGCUCCUGCUGGGGGAGUACGUCACCUGGCUCCCAGGCUUAAUCUACGGCCUAGUUCCUGUCUUGAGUGGCGUUGCAGCCUUCUUACUGCCCGAGACCCUGAACAUACCACUUCCGGACACCAUACAGGAUGUAGAGGAUAGGGGGACUGGAAGAAUCUCCAAGACUGAGAAAAAAGAGGCCAUAUUCUUACAAGACAACGCAGACAAUUUGCUGAAGCAAACAUCUUGAUCGU